AUGUCUGCAUCUCUUGCACCAGAAUGCAAUGAGGUGAAAGAGCGGUACGAUGCUUGCUUUCUUAAAUGGUAUAGCGAGAAAUAUCUUAGAGGCAACGGAAAAGCAGACGACAAUGAAUGCUCGAAACUCUUUAAAGAUUACCAAAAAUGUCUUCAGGUUGCCCUGAAGGAACGGGGCAUAGAUAAGCUUCUAGACGAAGCACGCAAAGAUACCAAAGAGAGUGACGCUCUUCAUAUGAAAAGGAAAUGA